AUGAAGGUUUUUCGUGCUAUUGCCUUGACUCUAUGGUGGGUCAUGCAUUUGGCAACGAUACCGAGUUAUGCUGAUCUGCUACAACAACAAUCAUUUCCUUCUUUGUCACAUAGCAAAGACAAACAUCAUUCAUUUAUUCCUCGUCUUCAAGUCGAUGGAGUGGAAACUCACUGGCCAUUAACAUCUCCUACAGUAACACUGUCGAUUGAUUUCUAUGGGCAAGAGUUAAUCAUCGAUUUAAGACGGAAUGAUCGAUUAAUCCCUGAAAACUUCCAUCAUACUUAUCAAGGGAACGAUGAAACAGUUCGCCAUCAAGGUUUAUUUCAACCCUUUUGCCAUUACCAUGGCAGGAUUAGAGCUUCUACUAGCCACCAGUCACAAAUAGACAACGCGGCCAUCAGUGCUUGCCAAGGUAUUUCAGGCGUCUUUCAAUACAAAAAUCGAGAUUACGGCAUCAAACAACUCAACGAUAAAAUUCAUAGCAUCUAUCCUUUAAGUGAUCUCUACAGCAAGCUCAACAAUCCAGGUAAACCUUUGAAAUUGAUUGACAAGAUCCACACCAGUAAGUACAAUAAACUGCCGAUUCAACAAGAGAACAAUCACGCUCGUCAACGGCGGAAUGUUUUAAGUCAAACCUUGUAUGUAGAAAUGGUUGUAGUCAAUGAUAAACGAUCAUACGGAUUAUUUAAUAAUAUCACCGCUGUAGAGAGCUACACUAUCCAAGUAAUUAACACGGUGGAUUUACGCUAUAAGGCUAUUAACGUUCGCGUUCUACUCGUUGGCAUUGUUACCUGGUCACAGCAAGACCAAAUUAACGUGACUGAUAGUGGAACUGCUACCCUAAGUCAAUUUUCAGAUUAUGCUAUUAAAACCUUACGAUUAACAAAUCCCUACGACAGUGCACAAUUAUUCACUGGUAUCUUCCUUAAAAAUGAAGCAGGUAUUGCCUAUCUGUCUAGCAUGUGCUAUGGUAAUUCCGUAGGUGUUAUUGAGAAUACUCUCAAUAUUCCCGCUGACACUAUCGUCUCAGCGCAUGAAUUGGGCCACAACUUUGGCAUGGAUCAUGACAACAGCCGCCACUGCUCGUGCACAUUCCAACCAGCCAAUGCUACCAGUUGUAUCAUGGCUGCUAUGGUCAGCCAGCCUUAUGCGCAAACUUUUUCAAACUGCAGCGUCGCGGAAAUGAAGAGUGGCCUUUCUCAAGGAUUAGGAUCAUGUCUAUGGAAUAUUCCAACUAAAUUAUUUACUAAUCCAAUAUGCGGUAACGGUAUACGAGAAACCGGAGAAGAAUGCGAUUGUGGCUCACCAGCAGAAUGUACAAGCAAUUGCUGUAAUGCCUCAACAUGUAAAUUGCAUGCAUCUGCUCAAUGUGCAACUGGUCCUUGCUGUUCUAACUGUACAUUUAAACAGAGAUCGACACUUUGUCGUGCUGUAAGCAAUGAUUGCGAUCUACCGGAAUACUGUAGCGGAAAUUCUGCUGAAUGCCCAACUAAUAUAUAUAAGCAAUCAUCAACUAACUGUGGAAAUAACACUGGAUACUGCUAUAAGGGGGCUUGCUUUACAGCCAACGCUCAAUGUCGUCUGUUUUGGGGAUCAACUGGAAGAGAAGCGGAUAAUUUAUGCUGGAAUAUACUCAAUACUCGAGGAAAGCCUGAAGGUUACUGCCAAAGAAUUGCCAGUGGUCAGUAUAUUCCAUGUGCCCCAGCUGAUAUUAAAUGCGGAAAGCUGCAAUGCGAUUCUUCAACUAAUUACCCACUUAUUGCAAUAAUUGGCAACAUAACUAUAAUAUCAUUUACGCAGGGAGCAGUAACAUCAUAUUGUAAAAGCUUCACUGCCGAUAUAGGCGAUAGCACUCAAGACCCUGGAUCAGUUUUAGAUGGCACUAAAUGCGGUAAUCAAAAAAUUUGCUUCAAGCAGCAAUGCCGAAGCAUCACGGCAGUAUUAAACAUUACACAAUGUGAUCCAGCUGACUGUUCCAAUCAUGGGAUAUGCAAUAAUAAAGGACAUUGCCACUGCGAUUCUGGAUAUGCUCCUCCUAACUGCAGUAAUCCUGGCAAUGGAGGCAGUAUAGAUAGUCAUGGAAAUUCUACCGUUGCAACAGCUACAGAUCUCGUCGUUAUAUCUCCGUCAGCAACUACACCAAAUGGUACAAUACGAAAUCAAGGCAUUCAAAGCAUUUAUCUAACACUGCUGUGGUUUGCACUAUUUCUGUUGAUUUAA